AUGACUUCACUCCUCAGGUGGGCUAGGACAGCUAUAAAAGGAGGUCCCUCGCCAGUACUUCAGUUUCCAACAAGUGGGUUUGAAGUAAUCAAUCCCUCACAAAUUCUAGAAGAAGAGCGCUUUGAAGAGUUCAAGAAAGGGAAAUACUAUCCCAUCAAUAUUGGUGAUAUCUUAGCAUCCAAAUACCAGGUUGUCGGCAAGCUGGGCUUCGGAACCACGUCCACAGUAUGGCUGGCUCGUGAGCACGAGUAA